AUGCUGCCGUACCUGUUCCCCGAUCUGUCCACCUUUACUACAGUCGCCGAUCUUAUCACCCACCUUCGCACUAGUGAUGCUCGCCUGCGUGCCGCCCUUCCCACCGAGUUCUGCGCUAAGAACCCCCCUCCACUGUACUGGACACUCCACUUCAUAGUCACCCGUCUCCCUGACACCCUCCGCUCAGUUCGAGACCACUUCCUUGCUCGCUGUCCCACUGAGCUCACAGUCGCCCUCCUAGAGGAGCACCUGCUCGCGGCCGAAAAGAGCAUUGUAGCUGUCGGUGCUGCUCGUGGCGCUCCUCGCACCCCCAUCUUUGAGGGGUGUUCUCCCUCUCCCCUCGCUCCCUCCUACGCUGCUGCUGCUGCUGUUGACUUCCUUGGUGCUGAGUCUGUUGGCGCUGCUUCUACUCCUGGUGGGAGGCGCCGCACCGGCAAGGGCAAGGGGGGCAAAAGUGGUGGUGGUGGCGCUGGGGGGGGAGGAGGUGGGGGAGGUGGGGGGGGAGGCGGUGCUGGAGGGAGCGGUGGCGGGAGCGCUGGUGGGAGUGGGGUCGGUGGUGGAGGCGGGGGCGGCGGAGGAAGCAGUGGCAGUAGUGGCGGCGGCGGCGGUGGCGGCGGUGGCGGUGGUGGCGGUGGUGGCGGUACCGGUGGCAGCGGUCGGAGCGGUGGUAGUGGUGGCGGCGGAGGUCGGAGUGGAGGCACUGGCUCGGGCCAGAGCUCCCAGCAGCAGCAGCGUCCCCAGACGACCCAGCAGCUUCGUGAGUGGCUUGCUCAGCGUGGGACGUCGGGGGCCAGUGGCCGCUGUUCUUAUGUCAUUCGCACAGGUGACCGCAAGGGACAGACGUGUGGGAGGUUCCACACCCCGUACCGCUGCUUCUCCCGCCUUGACGACGCUUGGCGUGAGGAGAUGGGUGCGGAUGUUGAGCGCCCCCGCUGGGCUGAGCUCAUGAGGGCUGGUGUUGAUGUCUUUGCUCUUGACUAUGAUGCUAUUAUUGCUGCCAUGUAUGCAUUGACUGUUAGUGCCGAGGGAGACUGUUACUUGUGUGUGCCGCCUGACCCAGGUAUAGAGCCCGCUGCCCUGGGUACUAGUGAGUCUGCUCUCUCUGGUAUGGUGCCCCCUGUACUUGCUCCCCCCAGUGCUGUCCCGGCUGGUUUCGAGUCUGCUCUCUCAGGUACAGCACCCACAGAGACUGCUCUCUCAGGUACCGCACCGGCUGAGGCCUGUCACACCUUCACCCUUGACUCAGGUGCUUCCCGUUGCUUCUUCCGUGACAGUACUGAGCUCACACCGCUUCCUGCACCGGUCCCAGUCUCCUUGGCUGACCCCUCUGGGGGCCCAGUCCUUGCCCAGUCCACCACUGUCCUCCCUUGUCCGGCGGUUCCGUCUGGCUCGUUGUCGGGUUUCCACCUCCCCUCGUUCUCGACGAACCUGGUGAGCAACGCUGUCCUCCAGGAUCAGUGGGUUGACACCUUUACCCCUGGCGGACAGCGUGUGGCGAUCUGCACGUGCUCCAGGACCGGCCGUCACCUGGCUACGUUUACCCGUCGGCCGGGGUCGAGUCUCUACACACUGACCACUGCGUCUCCUCAGGUAGCUGCUGUCGGUCAGGUGUCUGCGUCAGGUCUGGUAGCCCACGCCUGUGAGUGUCGUUCCCUGUCGCACCAGACUCUUCUCUGGCACCACCGCCUGGGUCACCCCUCCUUGCCACGCCUUCGUGGCAUGCACCGUCGCCACCUUGUGUCCGGUCUUCCCAGGUCCCUCCCUCCCCUCCCUGCCUCGCCUGCGCCGCCUUGCCUUCCUUGCGUCGAGGGGCGGCAGCGCGCCGCUCCUCACUCCUCCUCGUUCCCCCCGACAGAGGCUCCUCUGCAGACCCUCCACCUGGACGUGUGGGGCCCAGCCCGCGUUCGUGGUCAGGGCGGUGAGCGGUACUUUUUGCUGGUUGUCGACGACUACUCGCGUUACACCACGGUCUUCCCCUUGCGCACCAAGGGUGAGGUCCCUGCUGUUCUGAUCCCUUGGAUCCGCACGGUUCGUCUCCAGCUCCGCCGCCGUUUCCGGACGGAUCUUCCUGUCCUGCGUCUGCACUCUGACAGAGGUGGUGAGUUUUCCUCCGAUCUCUUGAGGACCUUCUGUCAGGCGGAGGGCAUCGAGCAGACCUUCACGCUUCCGGACUCCCCACAGCAGAAUGGGGUUGCUGAGCGCCGCAUUGGCCUGGUCAUGGAGGUCGCUCGUACCUCCUUGGUCCACGCGGCGGCUCCCCAUUUUCUGUGGCCGUUUGCUGUCCGGUACGCCGCGCAUCAGCUCAACCUCUGGCCCCGUGUCUCCUUACCGGAGACCUCGCCCACACUGCGUUGGACGGGGGAGGUUGGCGAUGCGUCGCGCUUCCGGGUGUGGGGUGCUCGUGCCCUUGUCCGCGAUACGUCCGCGGACAAGCUCUCCUCCCGCACGCUUCCCUGUGUCUUCCUUGGCUUUGUCCCUGACGCGCCUGGCUGGCAGUUUUACCACCCCACCUCGCGCCGGGUCUUCGCCUCUCAGGAUGUCACCUUUGACGAGUCGGUGUCUCUCAGGUAG